UGCACACACAGUGGCGCUGACUCCGUUACGGCACCUUUGGUGUCGUCGCAGGCUGCACAUUCUACAUUCUCGUAAUAUUUUUUUUUUUAUAUGUAUCCAAAGGAAAAUAUUAUUUAUAAACAAUGAUAUUCGUCUCGACAAAAUGAGUGCACGGACGAGUUCUUCGGAACGAGAUAAUCGGAUGAUAAAACGUACGUCGCAACGUGAACAAGAAGAGAUUAACCCCUGUCUGAAGGAGCAUUUCUUGUCUCUGAAAUGUUUAGAGUCCAAUCAAGACAAACGAGACAACUGCGAACUGUAUUUUCUUAAUUACAGAAAUUGUAGAGAAUUCUGGGCUACGGUGCAGUCUGACCGCAGAUCGAAAGGUAUCAAACCGUACUUACCGUUUCCAGAAGAACGUGCUAAGAUAAAAGCCAACUAUGUAGAUUCAAAAUAGUGUGACAGAUAUAUAGGAAAAUUAUACAACCUAAUUUUAUAAAAAUAUUCUUUAUUUCUCAUACGGAUUUAGGAUAUCUCAAUACGUCUAGCACAAUUGUUAAAUGCAAAUAACAUGUAUUCCGACAAAGUAGAAGCUGAAAAAAACAAAUUGAACUUGUUAGUUGAAGAGAGAAUUUGUCAAAAGAGCAAAAAGUUCUUUUUACCAUUUAUACUUCUUCACGAUUAUAUUUUGACAUAUUUGCGUUUGCUUAUAUGUAUAAAUUGUUCGAACACAAAGAAAUUGCAGUGAAAAAUGUACA